AUGGAUCACGAAAUUUCAAAUACAAACAUUCCUAAAUCAUUUAUUUAUAGUUAUCCAGAUCAACUGUCCAGUCAAUCAAAAUCUGAAUUAGUAAAUUCUUAUAAUGAGCCCAAUAUCUAUUCUAAAAAGAAUGAUUUACAUGUACAGGGUGAUAAUGAUGAUGAUAAAGAAUUAGAUAGAUCAGUUGAUAUUGAUUUAAAUCUUAUAACAAACUUACUAGAGAGUUUCAAAGCCCAAGAAGGCUUGCCUGGUCCUGGUGGAACUAUUUUUGGAAAAUUAGGGGAUUUUAAAAAAUGUGAUCUUUUAAUCGUUAUUGGAACUUCUUUACAAGUUCAACCUUUUGCUAGUUUAAUCGACGAUGUUAAAGAUACAAUUCCAAGAUUAUUAAUCAACCUAGAGAAAGUCGGUGAGACAUAUAUGCCAGGAUUUGGGUUUGACUUUGAAGGAGAGGAUAGAAGAGAUGUUUUCUUACAAAGCACAUGUGAUGAAGGUGUUAAAAAAUUAGCAAAAUUAUGUGGUUGGGAGGAUGAAUUGCAACAACUUUAUACAGAAGGACACAAAGCAUUAAAAGAAAAAUAUGGUGUUAAGACGAUAACUUCACUUGUUGAUAAAGAUUUAGAAGAAUUAGUUGAAGAUUUUGAAAAGAUUUCUAUAAAAAAGACUUCUACAAUCGCAGAAACAAAAUCAAUAACUAUUGAACAAAAUAAAGAUUUAAAAAAGGACAAAGACGAGAAGAAUGAGGCAGUGAAAGAAAAGGACGAAAAGGUGACAAAGAAAGAUACGGAGAAGGAAAUAACAGUGGCUCAAUCUACAACUGGUCAGUCAACUACCCAAUCUGCUGUACAAGUUUCCAUGCAAACUAUUGGUCAAUCUGCAAUUCAAUCUACAGGGCAACUUCAAGCUAAUUAUUAUCAAACGGCACCAAAUGAUCCUACAAAAGUUGCGACCACGGGAGCUGAUAAUAAAACGGAUAAUACUUCAGCUCCUGCACCUAAUUAUGGGUAUCAACAAAUCCAUUAUAAUUAUAAUGUUCCUUCGGCCACAAUUCAAUAUCCAUCUGUUGCCGGACAAACUCAUGCUGCAAUAUCAAGUGUUUAUCCUACGUUAGGUGCAGGAGCUGAAGUAUUAUCCGUUUUAUUAUCAGCUCCCGUGGUCGCAACUUUUGUAGGAUCAUUUGGUGCCGUUUGA